GUCACACCUGCUGAACAAGUCACAGAUUCUGUGGAAGGACAGAAUGCAAAUUCCGCACCUGCUGAACAAGUCACAGAUUCUGUGGAAGGACAGAGUGCAAAUUCCACACCUGCUGAACAAGUUACAGAUUCCGUUGAAGCCACAGUGGAGGGGAAUGUUGAGGAUCAAGGACAUGAAGGCGGGUUUGUCUGCAACUGCGGCGCGACGAAGAUGGGCGGCGCCAGCUGCAACUGCGGCUCCUACUUACUACCAAAAGGGGGUAAGCUAACUAAGCGGCAAAAGGCGCUUGUAACGAACAAAAUCUCAGAGAUAGGAUCUGCAUCACCUCUGUUUGUGAAGGUGAUGACGGCAGACCUUAUAAAGAGGAAGCCAGAACUGUAUUUCUGCAAGGCAUAUGUUUUGACGUGCCGCCUCUGGCACGAAGAAUGGCACGAACAAACAAUACCUCUCACACUUUUGCUGGAAGAUCGGACGAUGAAUACAUGGCUGCUCAUCGGAGAAUAUAUGGCUGUGAAGAUGUGGAAUAGCAUAUAUUGCUGGAACCUCUUGGUUGAAGAGGCCGAGAUCAAGCCCGGAGAGAUCUGCCUCUUCCAACUGGUAGAGAGGAGCGGAGGGCGGAUCACGAUGCGGGUCCAUGUGAUCCGCAAGUCGGAAAUGCUGCAGUUUAGCCUCGAGGAGCCUCGCACGAAAGAAAUCAACGUCAGAAAGCCUCGCAUGAAGGAGACACGCGAGGAGCCUCGCACGGAGGAGACCCACUUGUCCCCGGCGGGAGGAUACGUUGGCAAUCCUCACGCUGAGCCCUCCGGAGGGAGCUCGAGCGAGCCCCGCGGGAGCGACAACGACAGCCGCCCCAAGCCGAUUGUGAAGAGGCGUCUCUUGCCUUCACCUUGCGAGUCCCCCGAAAAGAAGAUGAAGAUGCAGUUAGAGGCCACGACGUCCAUCGAGCUCUCACUGGAGGCGCCCGCUGAGGAGACCCAUCCGCCCCAGUAGGGGCCUGAGGAGGCCGCCUGCCAUCUUGAGGCGGAGACGGUGACCGAAGAUGAUCAUGCGACUUUCCAGGCGCACGAAGACUUGCCUCCCCUAGCUGGGAGGAACGAGCCUCGCAAGGGAGCCUUGCAAGGGGGCGGGCGGGCGGUGGUGCCUCUAGAGGCGCCUGGUGCGGAAGAUGACGUGGCCAUGGAGACAAUCCUCCCUGAGCACUCCGCGGCUGGGGAGGCAAGCCAUAAGAGUCAUGCCUUGAGUCCAGUGAGCAACAUGUCAGGUGUACUCGGAGCUCCUCUUUGUGAUGAGACACCAAAACAACAACAUGAAGCAUUGGCCACAUCUGCUGGUGGAACUGCAAGCUUGACAGAAUUGUGUCAGUCGUCUAAAAAACUUCCUGAUGCUGAGGCUGCCCGUGACACCAAGGAGCUUUACGAGGGGCAUCGCCGCGACGCUGAGGAGGCCGGCUGAGGAGGCCGACCGGCGGCGUGAGGAGCAGCUGGCCGCUCGCGAGGAGCAGCUGGCCAUGCGUGAGGACGCACUCGCCAUGCGUGAGCAGGCGCUCCUGAGGCGUGAGCAGGCGCUCGUGAGGCGUGCUGAGGCGCUCACGAAGCGUGCCGAGCUGCUCACGAACGAGCAGCUCUCCUGCCGUGAGGAGGAGCUCUCCAUGCGUGAGAAGGUGCUCGCCAGGCGUGAGGACAUUCUCACCAGGCAUGAGGAGGCGUGAGGAGGCGGACGUCGGGAUCCGGGAGCGAGAGCGCGAGCGCCGCACGAAUUAUUGUAAGCAAUGUGUGAAGAAAAAACAUGGAGUGCCUGUGUUUAUCAAUCUGGCUGGAUCCCGUGUUCAAAGUUCAAACCUAGUAAACCUAAUAAAAAUAAAAUAUCAAUCUGGCUGGAUUCCUAGUAUGUCGAUAUCUCUGUCAGUUAAAAAAAAAAACCUACUCCAGUUGCUUUUUGAGAAAUGAACCAGUGAAAUGAGGGAAUUUUAUCUUUAUUUUGGUUGGGUGAUA